UUGAUCUCUCAAGGCCUUGUUGCAUCAGCUGAUGCAACAACUGACUGAAGAAUCUCCUACAGCUACAGCUACUCGGGCAAUGCCGUGCCCGCCUACAUCCUCGCUCAAUGCUGGGCUCCCCUCGUCGUCGCCAGCAGUGCGCUCGCCGUCGUCGUCCCGCCCUCCCGCCGCCCGACACGCACCCACGUGCAGCCCGCCUCCCGACCCCGCGCUUUCCCACGCCCCUCCCGCCCCCUGCCGUCCCGACGCGCACGCGCUCGUCGCGUUCCCACGCCUCGCUCGCCACGCUGUACGCUACGCCUCACCCUGCGCUCGCAGCUGCACGUGCGGCCGCGAGCUCACCGCGCGCCCGCGCGCGUCCUCGGCGAAUGCCGAAAAUGCGCCGGCCACGGGUCGCGGCGCGGCCAGCGGGCACGCUCCCGCUCCCCCGCUCCUCCCGCGCGCGCACCUGCCGUCGGGCUGCGCGUACCCAGCUAGUGCCAGGUACGCGUACUCGCCCGUCGGAUAGCGCCGC